AUGGUUCAGUUUAAGAGGGGACUUCUUCACCAACGGCAUUAUGAGUUAGAGGAGGAUCAUAUUAAUAUUGAUGAGAAGGCAAAAACUGUCAUGUCCCUUGACAUAGAAGAUCAUAUGGCCAAGGUUUAUACACGUAAACUAUUUUAUGAAGUUCAAGAACAGUUGAGAGAGAGCUUCAAAUAUAAACUUGAACUUGUGUUUGAAAAUGUCACUCAAGAACAGUUUAAGGUUAUACGAAAGAACAUUGAUACUUGUAAGUCUCGUGAACUUACUUACGAAAAGAAAUCUGAUUUUGCAUCAUGGAGCUGUAGAAAGUUUGACAGUGAAGGACUCCUAUGUCGGCAUGUUUUGGCAUAUUUGAUUAAGAUCCAAGAUGUUGAUAAAUUGCCUAUUCAGUACAUCUUGAAGAGAUGGACUAAAGCUGCAAGACAGAGAGUUGUGUUAGAUUCUAAUGGAAUGGAGAUAAAAGAUAACAAAGCUUUACUUGCAAGGAGGACUAAACUAUUCCAGCAUGCUACAUAUGCAAUUGAUAAGGUUAUGGUGAGUGAUGAGGCUACCCAGCUCUUUAUGGAAGCAUUGGAUGCUUUUUUGGAGAAUAUUAAACCAUUAAUUAGUAAUGAAAGUGGACAAAGUGCAGUAGGUUUGGAGACCAAGACCAAGACUGCUACUAUUCAGCAUGUUUUCAAUGAACCAGAUCAAGUGAGAGCAAAAGGGUGUGGGAGAAGGUUGAAGAAAGGAAAAGAGAAGAGGAAAGUUAAGGUAAAGGCCAGUCAAGGUUUUGGAAGUGAUAUUGGAUUAUGGCUAGUCAAAAGUUGGAUUCUGCAGGUUUUGGAAGUGUUUGAUUCUGCAAGUUUUGUGUUUAUGGCUAGUCAAAAGUUGGAAGACAUUUUGGAAGACAUUUCAAGAUCAUUUCAAUUGUGA